UAUACUCAACUGAAACUACACUCCCCUGAUUUUCUCUCAUUCACUUUUUCCCUACUCCUCCGUCACCGUUCAUGGCUUAUGGAAGUUGCAAGCAACAACAAAUCAAAUGCAUUUUCUGUCUCUCCCCCAUCAUCUCUUCUUUCAGAUUUGUUCUACAUCUCACUGCUUUCAUCACGGAUGAAAACCCCAAAUUCUAUAUCUCCAAUGGUGGUAUCAAAAAGUGGAAGAUUUUUUCUAUGCUGCUUUCUGCCCACAGCAAUUUUGGUUUCUGCAGCUUUCUUCAUGGGGAAUGUGCUCAUGGUCACAGAUUAUAAAGAGAGACUUUCUGGAUGGAUAUCAAUUAGUGCAAUGCAGAUUACAGGAGCAAAGGUUUGCCAGGCUCAAUGCAGGACUGAUGAGAGUGAGGCAUUACCUAGAGGCAUUGUUUCCAGGACUUCUGACUUGGAAAUGCAAUACUUACAGGGGGGCCCCAUUAGAAAGAAGAACUCAAAGACAUCAACCAACUUGUUGGCCAUUGCAGCUGGAAUCAAGCAAAAAGAAAGUGUGAAUAAAAUCGUAACGAAGUUUCUAUCGAGUGAUUUUGUCUUAAUGCUUUUUCACUAUGAUGGCAUCGUGGAUGACUGGAGGGAUUUCGAAUGGAGCAGUCAAGCCAUACAUGUGUCUGCUAUGAAUCAAACCAAGUGGUGGUUUGCAAAGCGGUUCUUACAUCCAGAUAUUAUUUCAGAAUAUGCUUAUAUUUUCAUUUGGGAUGAAGACAUUGGAGUUGAAUAUUUUGAUGUGGGAAGAUAUCUAUCAAUCGUUAAAGAAGAAGAGCUUGAAAUAUCACAACCAGCACUUGAUCCUUAUAAUUCAGUGGUGCAUCAUCCACUUACAUUACGAGAGAAGACAUUAAAAGUACACAGGAAGACUCACAGGCGUGAAGGUGCAAGGAGGUGUGAUGGAGACAACACAGGCCCUCCAUGUGCCGGGUGGGUAGAAAUAAUGGUCCCUGUUUUCUCAAAGGCUGCCUGGCGCUGUACAUGGCUUUUGAUUCAGAGUGACUUGAUUCAUGGAUGGGGUGUGGAUGAGCAGCUUGGUUACUGUGUAAAGGCAAAUUUCCGUUCCAGUUGGUACUUUCUAUUUAUUAUCUCUGACAGUUUUCUAAUCAACAAAAUAUUCUUUUAAUAGGGUAACCGAACCAAAAAUAUUGGGAUUGUUGAUUCAGAAUAUGUAGUUCACAAUGCUCUUCCCACACUUGGGGGCUCACCUGAAAAUCAGACAAAUCCUCAAGUACCUGACCAAGCUGCUCAAAACACAAGUUUACCUAAUUCAGAACUACUGGUCCCAUCUGUUUCCACUCAGCAUAAUGAUAGAGAUGAAGUGAGAAAGCGGUGCUUUGCUGAGUUAGCCAUUUUCAGGAAGCGAUGGAAUAAAUCAGUUGAAGAAGAUGAAUGUUGGGUUGAUCCAUACAAGCAACCACCAAGGCAGAGCAAUUUCUAGCACUGACUGAACAACACUCGUCAAUUUCCAUAUGAUGAGAAGUUGGUCUCUAGCCUAUAGACAAGUUUAACAGUAUGCAUACCUCUUUAUAUAAAGAAUUUAAAUACCAUUAUAAGGUGUUUUUGCAGUUUGGAGGACACUUGAGAUUGGAGGGACAAUAACCCUCCAUGUAUAAUAAUAAAAUUUUACGCAAGCUUGUACCCAUAUUUAUA